GGCCGGGCCGAACGGGAGAGCGGAGGCGAGGUCACCGCGCGGCCGGGAGGGGCCGAGGGGGCCGAGCUCCAUCCAGCUCCCGGCCGCCGGGCUCAGCAGACGCAGCGGCUUGGGGUGCUCGCUGAAGGCUGCUCCUGGCGCCCCCGCUAUGGCCAAGUGCUGCUUCUACGCCGUGGGGACGCUGUCCCUGCUGCUGCUCGUCUGCAGUGUCACCCUGCUGGUGGCCCGCGUAUUCCAGAAAGCUGUGGAUCAAGCGAUCGAGCAGAACACUGUAUUAAAGAAUGGUACUGAUAUCUUUGACUCCUGGGAAAACCCGCCGCCUCCGAUAUAUAUGCAGUUCUAUUUCUUCAAUGUUACCAAUCCAGAUGAAAUCCUCCAGGGGGAGGACCCUCGAGUAGAAGAAGUGGGACCAUAUACCUAUAGGGAGUACCGACCUAGAGAGAAUAUUCACUUUUGGGAUAAUGGGACAAAAAUAUCUGCAACUAACCCCAAGAGCUAUAUCUUUCAACGGAACCUAUCUAUUGGAGACCCUGAAGUUGACUUGAUCAGGACUUUAAAUAUUCCUGCCAUAACUGCCAUGGAAUGGACGAAGAUCAAUAUUCUGAAAGAGAUCCUGGAAGGACUACUAAAGACAUAUCAGCAAAAACUGUUUGUGAUCCACACUGUUCACGAACUGCUGUGGGGGUACAAAGAUCAGCUCUUCUCGCUCAUUAGUAUUUUCAAACCGGACAUCCCACCAUACUUUGGCUUGUUCUAUGGGAAAAAUGGAACUAAUGAUGGUGACUACCUUUUUCUAACUGGAGAAGACAAUUAUCUUAAUUUCACAAAGAUUGUGGAGUGGAAUGGGAGAAGGUCACUUAACUGGUGGACAUCAGAGAAAUGCAACAUGAUUAAUGGAACUGAUGGGAAUUCCUUUCAUCCAUUAAUAUCCAAAGAGGAAAUCCUUUACGUCUUUGCCUCUGAUUUUUGCAGGUCAGUGUAUCUAACAUUCAGUGACAUUGGAAAUGUGGAAGGAAUCCCUUCCCUCCGGUUUAGCCUACCACCUGAAAUGUUUGCUAAUAACUCUGACAACAGCUGCUUCUGUAUUCCAUCAGGAAAUUGUUUGGGUUCAGGUGUCCUCAAUGUCAGUGUCUGUAAGAAUGGUGCUCCCAUUUUUCUGUCUUCUCCACACUUCUACCAAGCCGAUGAGAAAUUUAUUUCAGCUAUAAAAGGCAUGAAUCCAAAUAAGGAAGACCAUGAAACGUUUAUGGAUAUCAACCCCCUGACUGGGAUUAUCCUAAGAGGAUCCAAGAGGUUACAGGUCAAUGUUCAUGUCCGACAAAUAGAUGGAUUUGAUGAAACUGGAACCAUCCAGAGCUUGGUUUUCCCAGUCAUGUAUCUAAAUGAGAGUGUUCUGAUCGAUAAAGAUUCUGCAACAAAACUCAAGUCCGUAAUGAACACCACUAUGGUCAUCACCAACAUCCCCUACAUCAUCAUGGCUCUGGGAGUGUUCUUGGGUUUGAUCUUUACCUGGAUGGCAUGCAAAGGACAAGGUUCAGAAGAGGGCACCGCUGAUGAAAGAGCACCCCUCAUGAGGACCUGAGAUCUUCUCUCCCUUUUGAGCUUGGUGAAUGAACUAUGUCAGCGGGCAAAAUUCCUUGGGAAAGCAUCUUUGUGUUCAUCAACAAGUCAGUCAACAAGCAUUUAUCAAGUGCUUUCUGCGUGUCAGGCGCUGUGCUAAGUGCUGGAGAUUCAGACAUAAGCUCCCUCAAGGAGCUUACCUUCUAAUAUCAUCUAAUUCAUUAAUUUUAUGCACUAUUGAGAUGGGAGGGAAAUACGUCAUCAGUAUUCCAGCUGGCUGCUACAUUGGAUUUUGAAGAACUGACUGACACGGCUGGUGAUUAGACCUUCUGAAAUCAUACAGCCCGUUGCAUAUUGCUUUGUGUUCUUGUUUGUGACAGGCAGUUUCAAUAAAUACUCUAAGUAUUAAUGAUUUGGGGGUUUCUGGGAUGCUGGAAGCUCUCGAAGUUUCAUAUCACUUGUGAUUAAGAAGUCUCUGCAUCCCUUGUUAGAUAUUGGAACUAACCCUAUUUUCUAAGCUAUCACGUCCAGCUUUAGUUAUCACGUUGUCUUCUUAUCUCAAGACUAGUUGUCGUGUGGGAUAUCUGUGGGCCUGGGUCCUCCCUGCCACCCACGGAUGAGGCCUUUGCUCUAAUCGUUGAAGACAUCUCCCUAUACAAAUUGUAAUUGCAACCAUUAACACCACAUUUGAGAAUGACUGCAUCAUGGUUGGACAUAUAUCUGAGUUAUGCCCUCAGACUUGGCUUUUAAAAGGGAGAGCAGAGACAGGGAGUGGAGGAGAGAGCCACAGCUCAGACAGGUGAGAAGCUACCUCCAGAGGCUCCUGAGCUCCUGUGAGGCUCUCCUGGGGAAUCCCAAGGUCCCAGAAGGGAAGGAACCACGGGGCAGGGGAACAAGGACUUCCGAGACAAAUAAAGCAAUCCCUAGACCAAGCUUUCUGAACAUCGUGGAAGACACGACUGAGUUCCUGGACCAAGCAGAAGAAUUUGGAACUGAGAAAGAGCCGGAGCUGAAAAAGGCCCAGAGACAGCUUCCAAGUAGAGAAACAAAUCUGGGGAGCUUGCUUUUUGGUGGCACUGUUAAGUCAUUUGGACUCUGUGGAUUUAGGGACAGGGGACUGAGAGGCAGCAUAAUCUAAUGCACUACACUUAGAGUCGGAAAGACCUGGAUUAAAGGCUUCCCUUAGAUACUUAGUAGCUAUGUGACCCUGGGCAAGUCACCUGAACUCUCUGUUUCCUAAUUUACUCAUCUGUAAAAUGAAGGGGUUGGAUUCCAUAAACCCUAAGUACCUACCAAUUGCAAAUCUAUGAGCCUAUGAUCAAUUCUCUAGUAAUUCUCAGUUCUUUCCCUGUCUUGGGGCCCUCCCCUGGUCCUUAAAUCAGGAGGGCUCUGAGGUGCCCAGGAUUAUUGCUUGACUCUCAAUACUAUCCUUUUAUGGUUCUGUGAGGGAGGGGCCUCAACCAUAAGAUGGUCCCAUAAAUCUGGAAAACUGUAAAGGUUCUUUGGAGGAAAAGGGUCUUACUUGGGGGGGAGGGAAGGGCCAACUCCUUGAUGAUCCCAUUUCCUUCCCCUUUCAGAGGCUCUCAACCCUAAGGUAGUUCCCAAGGAGGUAGAGACCAUGAGAGAUGGAAGAAAAAUUAGGAAAGUCAUUUUAACUGUUCAGGAGCUAAGAUGUGAGUCAGUACUAUUUUGCAUUUUUUGCUGGGGUUAAAUAAAGUUUCUCCUGUAUUGGUUAGCCUGAGUGUUUGCAUGGACGGUGAAGUCUCUUAAAAUUUGUUUUUGCAAAGAUCAGUCAGUUAAUAAGAAUUUAUUAAGCACUUACUAUGUGCCAAGCACUGUGCUAAGCUUUGGGGAUACAAAAAGAGGCAAAAGAAAGUUCCUGCCUUCAGGGAGCUCACUAUCAAAAGAGAGAGACAAGAAGCAAAUAAAUAGGUAUAAAGAAGCUCUAUAAAAGAUAAAUAAGAAAUUAUUAAGGAAGAGAAGAAGACACUAGAACUAAGUGGGAUUGGUAAAAGUUUCCUGGUAGAAUGUGGGAUUUUAGUUGGGACUUGAAGGGAAUAAGGGAAGCCAGAAAGGAGGAGGGUGAGCACUCCAGGCUUGGGGGAGAACACGUCCAGAGAUGUCUCUUGUUUCUGGAACAGCCAGGAUGUCGUUGUCAUAGGGCUGAAGAGGUCAUAGCAGUGAGGAAGAUGCAAGAUCACUGAAAAGGUAGAGGUGGGGCUGGGUUAUGAAGGGCUUUGAAUGCCGAACAGAGCCAAUGUUCCCAAUGAUCUUGGCAAGAGUGAUAUUCUGAUACCCCCAGAUUCAGGGGAGAGCUGCAAAAUGAACCAAAUUUUGAUGUUCUUAGAAGAUAACCUGGAUAGCAGCAUCAGCUAAUGAGGGUGUCUCUGAGGACCUCCUUCCCUCAAGAUUCAAUGCUGUUCUGGGGCAGCUAGGUGGCACAGUAUAGAGCACCGGCCUUGGAGUCAGGAGGACCUGAGUUCAAAUCCGGCCUCAGACACUUAAUAUUUACUAGCCAUGUGACCCUGGGCAAGUCACUUAACCCCAAUUGCCUCACUAAAAACAAAAACAAAAACACAAAAAGAUUCAAUGCAGUUCACAUAAACCCUGAACUAUGGAUCCCACUUGAAUAUACUGAUAAUGUAACUAGUCAGGCAAGUGGCAGCUGAGGGAAGAUGUCCAUCUCUAUUAUAGAAACCUUUAAGAAAAAGUUCAUUCUAUUUUUAGUUGACUUGGGGGAGGGGUCUUAGAAUCAUAGACCACUAGCCCUGGAAACUUCCUUCCAACUUAUUUAUUAUAGAUGAGAAACUGAGCUUACAAAGAAGUCACAUGACUUGCCCAAGGUCACACAGCUAAUUAGUGGCAGAGCUCUGAUUAGUAACCCCCUCUCCUGACUCCUAAGCCAAUUAUCUUUCCAUGCCUACUCUACCAUCCCUCCAGGAAGCUUUGGGCCUCAUACAUUUAUGCUAGGUAGGGGUGAGGGUAAAGGGGAUCACAUAUGGGGAUGGUAGGAUGGCAUGGUGGAGAGAGCUCUUAAUCGAUAGGGCUAUUAAGCACUUGAGGGGUUUGGGCAUGCUCCAGUAUUCUCUUGCUCGGCAAAGUCAUUACAGAGACAUAUGGACAAUUUCAAAACAGAAAAAUUAUUUGGGGCAUUUGAGGAACAUUAAUAAUAGUGUUAUAAAAAUAUUGACAUGGUAUUAUGACAGUGUUCUCAUCUGAUGUUUCACUUGAAUCAAACAUUUAUCGGGUCUUCCUUGAAUUAAAAAAAAAAGCAAACAAAAAAACCUCAAUCAGUUUAAGGGAGGGAUAGUGAUUUUUGGAAACUAAAAUCAGUUGAAAAGUUUUUCUUGGUUAUGGUGACCCAUUUCGGAGUGGGAGUGUCUUUUUAUCUAAUUUAAUUAAGAGCGCUAUCUCUGUUUACCUUGAACGGGGUCAAAUGGUGACUCCUUAGAGGUUGUGAUUGGUUUCCUGAAGAUAUUUUCUCCAAGGGUGUCCCAUGAUUGACAUUCCUAAUUGUUCUCUUUGGUAAAACAAAAAUUCUAAGCUUAAACUAUGUACCUUCUUUUUAAUUCACUGUAGAAUUUCAUCUUUUGUUUCAUGAUAACUGUAAAAUUGGAAAUUACUUGGGGGAGAGAGGAUAUUUUGAUAAGGGUCUGAACCUCUCUCUAAGAAGAAAUGCUUGCAUAUUAAUAAAUUUUCUUCAACAGAUUUUGGCUAAAA